AAAUGGGCUGCAAAUAGGCAAAGCUUAUGGAAUGAAUUCAACGAUCCAACCAAAGCAAGAGAUGAAAUCAUAAAAAAUGUGCCGAUAGGCAUAGAUAAAGAUCAAUGGGCUCGUUUUGUUCAUUAUCAUCAUAAACCAUCAACAUUGGAACUUUGUUGGAGAAAUAAAGAAAUUCGAAGCAAGCAAGUUAUUCCACACACUGGUGGAUCCAAAGCUAAUCCUAGAAGAAGAAAUGAGUUGUUGUUAGAAACUGGGAAGCUACCAAGUCAUGGACAAUUAUAUAUUGAAACUCAUAAAAGGAAAGAUGGAUCAUUUGUAAAUGAAGCAGCAAAGACUAUAGCGGAACAAAUUGAAGUAGGAUUGACUCAAAGCAUAGUUGAUGAAUCUGAAGUUUCUCCUCUUGAUGUUGUUGGUAGAGUGUUAGGGUUAGAGCACUCUGGGAGAGUGCGAUGCAUGGGAUUAGGAGUUGUUCCUUCUAAUACAUUCAGGAACACAAGAUUUCGAGCUUCUAGUCUGAGCUCUUCUUCAUCUGGUGUUGCCUUUCCAUCUUCAAACCAAUGGCAAGAGAAAUACAACAAUUUAGAAUCAGCUUUUAAGGCCUACAUGAUAAUGAAGGAAGGAAGGAUCCCUGAAGAAUUAGCUAGUUAUUUCACUCCUGAUCAAACACAUCCAAAUGAUGCUUCAAGUGUUCCUAAUACACCUUUGGAUGCAAGAGGAUCUUCUGGUGCUAGCAACCCUUAGUUUGCUUAUAAUGUAUUUUGGAUUUAAAGUUUAGUACAAUACUAAUAUUACUUUGUUAUGGAUUUUAUGUCAUACUUUGAUUUACAAUAGAAAUUUGAAUUAUAAAACUUUGAACUA